ACGAGGCGAUCCGCGUUUGCGCGAUUCGGUCGGUAGCGUGCGCCGGGCGGUGGUGGCGGGCGGUUAACGCAUCUCACCGCGGCAGUAGUCGAUAUCCUUGCACGGACCGAUCAGCAAGGGCAACACGUUCCUAGGCAAACCUGGCCGUGAGAUCGCGAGAUCGGGUCGUCAGAAGGGAAGUGUGGAGCGGAGAGAGGAGGAAGUCAAACCGGGGUUGUAGAGAGCUUCUCUUACAGCCACAAAAGAGUUGCGUCAUCGACUACAUUUCGAUUAUAGUGGUAGUCGUCGGCGCGCUACACCGUGAGCAGAGAGAGGUCGCAAAAGAGGCGGUAAACUAGCAUCGAUCGAGGCUGGUGAUUCGUCGCAUGCUCAUCCCGGCGGCUCCUGUGUAAGAGGUCGACCGCGGUCGAAAGGAGGGAAGGCGAGGCAGGAAAGGAAAUCGAAUAUAGAGAAAAAGGUAAAGAGAUCCCACUCGACGACAACAAAGAGGCCAGGCAAUCGCAACGCGAUUGGAGCAGACACAAGACUAUAUAAUAAUAUACCGGGACGAUUGAGCAAGGCGAGACAAGCACGGCUAGGCUUGUUACAGAAUGGCGUGGGGUUAUUGGAGCGCAACUUCCGUCAGCGAUCGGGGUCGGUCACCUCGUCGCGAGAAGGACAAACAGCAUCAGUGCUUGCAUCAGUCGUCGCAGCAACAACAGAUGCAUCAGUCGGAAUUAUCGGCGCAAAGCACCUAUAGCACCGUGCAGCAGGAGCGAGAACUCGGUCCCGGUGUCGCGGGGGUUGCGACGGAGGAACCACCCUGUAGCAUGAUGAUCCAGGGUGGUUCUUUUUAUUCGUACUCGGCAGCAACGGCGGCUGCCGCCGCGAGCCGUCGUGUCUCCACCGCCGUUGUCGAGGGUGGUGGUGGUGGUCCAUCCUCUUCCUCUGCUACCUCCACCGGCAUCCAAGUGUUACCGCGCGAGCGCCACGUGAAACCCGGCAUGUAUCCACCAUCGCCGGGUAGCGGCGACUCGGCUGAAUACGAGCAACCAAUCAUCGGUCACCUUCGCGCCGCCGACAUUUCGCCACCUCCUCGCAUCAGUAGCCCAUUGCAUCAUCAUCAUCUUCAUCAUCAUCACGAUGACAUCUUUGCGCAGCCCAGCACAUCGUCCAGAUCAACAAAAUUGCUUCAGUGUCCGCCGGAUGCCGCCGAGGGUAUGGAUGAGCUGUCCGAGACCGAGUUUGAGGAAGUGAUAGUCAACGCCGAAUUAAUUUAUGGCCGCAACAUCGGGCCCACCGCGACGUGUCGCGUGCACGGACCAUAUAAUCAGCAGCAGCAGCUGCCACCUCUGUUACCGGAGUCCGCGCCCUCGAUGACGUCGCUGCUCGACGUCGAGCCUAUGGGUCCGUCGCAGUUCCAGUUCAACGAGAUCACCUGGGUUUUUCCGAACGUACCGCCUGCUCCUGGAAAGUGGUGUCAGGGAGAAGACAGAAGCAUCUACAGACGUCGUGGCGCUCGUAGGUGGAGGAAGCACUAUCGGGUGAACGGCCAUGUUUUUCAGGCGAAACGAUUCAAUCGGAGGGCAUUUUGCGCGUUUUGCCAAGAUCGAAUUUGGGGCCUCGGACGACAGGGAUUCAAGUGCAUUCAAUGCAAACUGCUCGUGCACAAAAAAUGCCACAAAGUGGUGCGCAAGCCGUGCCUGACUCAGCAACAGCAGCAACUGCAGAGUGCGGAGUCCCUGACGAUCGACAGAAAUGGCGAUCAACAGCUUGAUCCGUAUCCGUGCGAUCCGACAUCUCAUCUCGAGGAUGAGAUGUCGGAGUUGCGGAUCGAGGAGCAUUCGCGCGAUCAUAUCGGAAGUGAGGAAGGGGAAGAACUGCCGUUAGAUACACUAAACGAGGGCGACACAUCGAACGAUAUGCAACGGCAAUACUCGUUGAACGACUUCGAGCUAAUCAAAGUGAUCGGCCGUGGUUCCUAUGCCAAGGUCUUGAUGGUGGAGCUAAAACGUACUAAGAGGAUCUACGCCAUGAAAGUUAUCAAGAAGUCUCUGGUGACGGAUGACGAGGACAUCGAUUGGGUACAAACGGAAAAACACGUGUUCGAGACAGCUUCGAAUCAUCCCUUCCUGGUAGGCCUGCACUCCUGCUUCCAAACGCCUUCGCGCCUGUUUUUCGUGAUCGAAUUCGUGCGCGGUGGCGAUCUCAUGUUUCAUAUGCAGAGACAGCGUCGUCUUGAGGAGAAAGACGCGCGGUUUUAUGCAGCCGAGAUCAGCUUGGCGUUAAACUUUCUACACGAAAAGGGAAUUAUAUAUAGGGAUUUGAAACUGGAUAAUGUAUUGCUUGAUCAUGAAGGACAUAUUAAGCUUACGGAUUACGGAAUGUGCAAGGAGGGUAUCCGGGAGGGCGACAACACUGGCACUUUUUGCGGCACUCCCAAUUAUAUCGCUCCUGAAAUUCUCCGUGGCGAGGAAUAUAGCUUCUCGGUGGACUGGUGGGCUCUAGGGGUUCUUUUAUACGAGAUGUUGGCGGGCCGCAGCCCCUUCGAUCUCACUGGUGCAGCCGAGGAGCCGGACAAGAAUACUGAGGAUUUUCUAUUUCAAGUUAUUCUGGAAAAGACUAUACGUAUACCGCGAUCGUUGUCCGUUAAGGCAGCGUCUGUUCUUAGAGGAUUUCUUUGUAAAGAUCCCGCGGAGAGGCUAGGUUGCAGAAAGAGACCCUCUGGUUUUCUUGACAUCGUCUCCCAUCCUUUCUUUAAACCGAUCGAUUGGGAAAUGUUGGAACAAAAACAGGUAACAACACCUUAUACGCCACAAUUGGAUUCAGAUCGUGAUCUAGCAAACUUUCCGCCUGAAUUUACGGACGAAGAAGUUCGUUUGACUCCGGAUGAUCCGAAGCUAAUUGAGAAGAUCGAUCAGAGUGAAUUCGACGGUUUUGAGUAUGUAAAUCCUCUAUUAAUGUCACUAGAGGACUGCGUGUGACAAGAGCCGAUUCUCAUUGUGCAGCGUCACAAUCAAGAUUUACAGCAACAGCAGCAGGAGCAGCAACAGCAACAGCAGCAGUAUCAAUUGCAGCAAUGCUAUAUGUACGAAUUGCAAGAUAGACUCGCGAAACUUCGUAUUGAUCCCCUGCUCCCCGUUGUCGGGUCAAGCAAUCGAAGUUAUCACAAUAACGUAUUUCUAAUGACAUACUCGGAGGAGAAUGAGAACGACAAUAAUUAUAAUGAACAUCAUCGACAGCUAUCGCCGCCCUUCCCGUUCCGAUAU